AGGGGAAAAACAAAUGACACAUUAUCGAAUGUGCUUGCUUCUCUCUCUCUCUCUCUCUCUCUCUCUCUCUCUUUCUCACACACAUGCCUACGCAAACACUCACUUAAAAAAAAAGAUGAGAGAGACAGAGAGUGAGUGAGAGAAAGAACUGCACAUGCACGCACACAGGGGGACACAGUCAUGUUAUAGUUAAAUGUUAAUUUAGCAGUCAAACCCCCCUCUCAAGCACGUGGUUGAGCCAAAGGCUUCAUAAACAAGCCCGCUGCCACCGAGUCGCUCAGUCAGUGUUUCCACUGAUCCCACAUCAGUGCAGCGGCUCAGAGAAGAUGGCACUGGCUGACACAGAGCUCGGAGGGUCCAACUGCGGAGACUCGGGCUCUCCAUUCUCAGAGAUCAUUGAGCUGAAUGUUGGCGGACAGGUUUAUGUCACCAGGCACAAAACUCUCAUCGCGGUCCAGGACUCUCUGCUGUGGAACAUGUUUAGUAAGAAGUCCCCAAAGGAGUUGGCGAGAGACAGCAAAGGGCGCUUCUUCUUGGACAGAGACGGCUUCUUGUUCCGCUACAUCCUAGAUUACCUCCGGGACCUGAACCUGGUGCUCCCGGACUAUUUCCCUGAGAAAAGUCGCCUGCAGAGGGAGGCUGACUUUUUCCAGCUGCGGGACCUCGCCAAGCGGCUAAGCCCACGCAUGAUUAAGGACAAUUCAAUGAGCGAGGAAAUCAGCCAGAGCGACACGGAGGACGGCGCGCAGCAGUGCGGCUCCUCCGGCGCCAUGGAGACUUUACGCACCAUGACGGUCAGCUCCAGCGGGACCAUGCGCUCCCCGUCUUUGGACUCCAGAAAGUCGGGUUACAUCACGAUAGGAUACCGCGGCUCGUACACCAUCGGCAGGGACAUCCAAACCGACGCCAAGUUCAGGAGAGUGGCGCGCAUCACGGUGUGCGGGAAGACGGCUCUGGCCAAAGAAGUGUUUGGAGACACGCUGAAUGAGAGCAGAGACCCGGACAGGCCUCCAGAGAGAUACACAUCCCGAUAUUAUCUCAAGUAUAAUUUUCUAGAGCAGGCGUUUGACAAGCUGACAGAGGCGGGAUUUCACAUGGUGGCCUGCAGCUCCACAGGCACCUGCGCUUACACCAGCAAUGAUCCAAACGAGGACAAAAUAUGGACAAGCUACACUGAAUACGUCUUCUGCCGGGAAUAACUGUUAACAUGUUGUGUUGAUAUACAUUUCAUAAUAUAGAGGGGGCAGGUGUUGCAUUUGCUGUGUUGAAUGGUAACGUUUCUCAGAGCGAGUGGCUUCAAUAUGUUGCUCCAUUAUUCUAAGAAUAGCUGAAUGCCAGUGGGCUAUUAUACAAUCUGUGAUUUAACACACAGUGCCCCUAUAGAUUCCAAAUCAGUCAGACAGUUUUUUCAAGUCAUGAUCAUUCAAUUUGAUGUUCAAAUUGAGAGGUAGGGCUGCAACUGUUAUUUUCUCAUCAAUUAUUCAAGUAUAGCUAUGAAAAGUCAAAUAAUUGUGAAAAUUGCACGUCAGAAUUUCAAAACUGAUGUCUCGAAGUUGCUUCAUUUGUCCAGCCAAUAGUCCCAAACCCCAAACCUUUCAUUUACAUUCAGAUUGCAAAGAAAAUAUGAUCUAAGAAUCUUUAAAAAAACAGCAAAUGUUUGACAUUUUUUGAGUGAAAAAUGACAGAAAAAUAUUGAUGGAUUAUCAAAAAGUUGCAGCAACGCUUUUCAACGCAGUUAAUCCACUAAUGUUUAGAUGUAUUGUGGUAUUGUGUAUGCCGGUUAAUGCAGCUCUCCAAUGUGUAACCAAAAGCCCCCCCCCCAAAAAAUCAACUUAUUUCAGGUAAACGAAUGAUGCUAGCAGAGUGUAAUGUUACUGGAAGCUUUCAACAGUAUUAUUUUUUUUAAAAUCAAUAUUAUGGUUUCUUAAUCACUAUUAUAGGGGGAUUUACUAGUUAUCAGAACAUCUGCAAAAGUUGCAGCUCCAGUUACCAGUGUAGUUUUGGGUCGACACACACCCAUCCAAAGUUAGCACCAACAAAAUGCCACCAUCUCCAUCUCAUAGAGAUGCAUGUCAAUGUUUCCGUCAUUUCUGACUCAGUGCUGUGUGAAGUGAUCGCCAUCCAAGAACGGAUGAGCAACGAUUAGAAUUCAGUGUCAUUGUAACUUCUAGGCUUGCUUUGGUCACCAGUUUUGUACUCUCUAAUAAUAGGCUCUUCUAUCAGCAGUUCUAUCACUGCCAUGACUGUAAGUGUCCGUGCUUGCUUGGUAGAGUUGUUUGUGUUAAAUCUGUUCAGAUGAAAUAAAAUCUUAUACUUGGGUUAUUCUCAGCCCACUUUGCCAA